GUAGGUUGAGAAGAAAUGGCAGGACAUAAGGUCGCGCAUGCCACACUGAAAGGCCCGAGUGUUGUCAAGGAACUAGUGAUUGGGUUGGCACUUGGUUUAGCUGCUGGUGGUCUCUGGAAGAUGCACCAUUGGAAUGAGCAGAGGAAAACCAGAUCUUUCUAUGAUUUGCUUGAGAGAGGUGAGAUCAGUGUUGUCGCCGCUGAAGAGUGAAUGGGACUUCCUCUAUCUCGCUCUCAAUCUUAAAUUGUUGUUGGCUCGAUUUUUCUGUUGUUUUUUUUUAUGGUUUCACUUGAUAUAUCUCAGGUGAGUGACCUGAGAAUAUGGUUGCUUUAAGGAA